ACACAGACUGCGGAGAAGUUCGCGAAAUUACGGUAAGCGGAGGACGCUUGCCCAAGGUUUGAGACAGGAGGUCACGUGGCCCUGCAAAGGGCAGAGGGGAGGAACGGGACUUGAGAACGGGAAGCCUCGCGAGAACUGCACCGGGCAACGGCGCAGCAAGAUGGCGGCGCCGGAGACGGAGGUGGUGGCAGCGGGUCCCGCGGCUGGCCCUGAACAGCAGAUCACUAGCAAUGGAACUGCAGGGGGAGGCGAAGGGGUUGCUGAGACCCAGCAGCAGAACCAGCCCCAACAGCAAGCUCCAAAUGCCUGGCAGGUCAUCAAAGGAGUCUUGUUCAGGAUCUUUAUCAUUUGGGCCAUCAGCAGUUGGUUCCGUCGUGGGCCGGCACCACAGGACCCAACCACCGUUGGCGGAGCACCCAGGGCACCGAGCCGUAAUCUCUUUCCUAAAGACACUUUAAUGGAUCUCCAUGUCUAUAUAUCAGAGCAUGAGCACUUUACAGAUUUCAACGCUACCUCGGCGUUGUUUUGGGAGCAGCGGGAUCUUGUCUAUGGGGACUGGACCAGUGGCGAGAAUUCCGACGGGUGCUACGAACACUAUGCGGAGUUAGAUAUUCCUGAGAGUGUUCAACACAAUGGUUCCAUUUACAUCCAUGUGUACUUUACGAAGAGCGGGUUCCAUCCCGAUCCGAAACAGAAGAAUCUGUACAGGCGACUCACCACAGUCCACACGUCGCGAAUGAUAAAUAAAUACAAGCGCAGACGUUUCCAGAAAACCAAGAAUCUACUCACAGGGGAGACAGAAGCGGAUCCCGAAAUGAUAAAAAGAGCCGAAGAUUAUGGCCCCGUGGAGGUGAUCUCACACUGGCACCCAAACCUGACCAUCAACAUUGUGGAUGACCACACGCCAUGGGUAAAGGGCAGCGUUCCUCCACCUCUGGACCAAUACGUGAAAUUUGAUGCGGUGAGUGGCGAUUACUACCCUAUCCUGUACUUCAACGAUUACUGGAACUUGCAGAAGGACUACUUCCCUAUCAACGAGACGGUGGAGCGGCUGCCUUUCCGCCUGUCCUACUGUCCACUUUCGCUGUGGCGAUGGCAGCUCUACGCUGCUCAGAGUACCAAGUCCCCCUGGAACUUCCUGGGGGAGGACUUGUACGAGCAGUCGGAUGAGGAGCAAGACUCUGUGAAGGUUGCUCUCUUAGAAACUAAUCCAUACCUGCUGGCAUUGACCAUCAUUGUUUCCAUUGUACACAGCGUUUUUGAAUUCCUCGCUUUCAAAAAUGAUAUUCAGUUCUGGAACAGCAGACAGUCCCUAGAGGGGCUCUCUGUCCGUUCGGUAUUCUUUGGAGUGUUCCAGUCAUUGGUCGUCCUUCUUUAUAUCUUGGACAACGAAACUAACUUUGUGGUACAAGUCAGCGUCUUCAUUGGGCUCUUGAUUGAUCUCUGGAAGAUCACCAAAGUUAUGGAUGUCAGGCUGGAUCGGGACAACAAAAUUGCCGGGAUCAUUCCACGUUUAACUUUCAAAGACAAGUCGACAUACAUAGAAUCAUCUACUAAAGUCUACGAUGACAUGGCUUUCCGGUAUCUCUCCUGGAUCCUCUUCCCGUUGCUGGGUUGUUACGCUGUGUACAGCCUCCUGUACAUGGAACACAAGGGCUGGUACUCCUGGGUCCUCGGCAUGCUCUAUGGGUUCCUGCUGACUUUUGGCUUCAUCACCAUGACGCCUCAGCUGUUCAUCAACUACAAGCUGAAGUCAGUUGCCCAUCUGCCAUGGCGGAUGCUCACCUACAAAGCCCUCAAUACCUUCAUCGACGACCUCUUUGCCUUCGUCAUCAAAAUGCCCAUGAUGUACAGGAUAGGCUGCCUUCGAGACGAUGUCGUUUUCUUCAUUUACCUCUACCAGAGGUGGAUCUACCGAGUGGAUCCAACCCGUGUCAAUGAGUUCGGGAUCAGUGGUGAGAACCAAGUAUCUCGGACCACGACGCAGAGCGUAGCUCAGCAGGACGAUACCCCUGCGGUGCUGGCCAACAGUGCCCCUGGGGCUAUAACAGAGGGCCCGGCCAACGGAGCCCCUGCAGCAGCGAUGGAGAGAGUAGCCGGCGUCAGUCCUACAGCCACUGCAGCGGGCUUGCCGGAUGGUGUCCCUGAAGCACUCCCGUUGAAAACGGCAGAAGAGAAGAAAAAAGAUUAACCUGCUCUAACUUUUAUUUUUAAAAAUCCUUAACUUGACACUCUCACUGUUGGAUAAUGGACAGAAGGCAAAUGGGUGGGGACGGGGGAUAUUGGGCAGAGUUGCUUUGGCCCUCCAGGGCCAGUAAGCACCUGGUGGCAGUAAAGGGUUGGGGUGGGUUGGCGGGGCGGGGGAAGAAAAACCGCUUGAAAUGUUGGUGAAGUUCAAUGUGACGUGCUGUAUCCAUGGGAGAGAAACCGCACCUCACCUCACCUCACCCAGCCCUCCCAUCCGCCCCUCCGUAAAUCUCUAUGUUUAAAGCAAAACUCAAACCAGUAAUCAUUGUGACCUCCAUGCCAUUGUGCAGGUAUUUAGGACAUUGUUAUUAAGGAGUUUUUCUCCAAGUUGUGUCUCCGUUUCAUAAAGAGAGCUGAUUAUCAGAACAAAACAAAACAAA